AUGGAUCCUCCUCGCAUGCGCAUAUCGUGCCGACGCUGUCAGAUUCGCAAACUGAAAUGCACCAGGGUGGAUCCCUGCCGCAGCUGUAUUGCCAGUGGAAGCGAGUGCAGUUUUAGAGACGACGAUGCCAGGAGACGGCCGGUCAGUCGUGCACGUUUUGUCGCCUUGGAGGAGCGGGUGGCUUCUUACGAGACAAUCCUCCGGAAAUUGAGGGAAGCCACGCCAGAGCAGCGACAGGCAAUAUUGGAUGACCUUUCGAUUAAUGAAGAGACAGCCCCGGUUUCGUCUUUUAACCCAGCAACACCUAUAUUCGACUACAGCGGAUCCUCGCGACUUUCGACAACAUCAUUGCAGCCAGGACCCAAAGGCUAUCUCUCCUUCUAUGGCCCAACUAGCAUUUACCAGAAAGAUUGCAUUACAGAAAAGAUACCCGAUAAUGGCCGCUCCUUAUCCAAUCGAACUUCCGAACAAUGGCAAGGUUCUUCUCCGCUUUCACCAGACAUUGAUUUUCAAGAAGUAGGAUUCCAUGAAGGGUUGUCAAAGUUUUUCUUCUAUCUCGGGACCGAAUGUAUUUUUGUCGACCAGUCUCUAUUUACCAAUGAUUGGCUGAAUCAAGAACACAGCGACAAGUACUGGUCUUAUCCUUUACUUUACUCUCUGGGCUCCUUGGGCAUUCGGCUAGGUGGUGAGCCGGCCGCAUUGAAAGAUGCCGAUUCCCUUGCUCACUGUGCCCAUGAAACGCUUAGCGCCAGCUCUCUCGAGACACCGCAUCUGACUGUGGUGCAGUCACUCCUCGCUCUUGCGUUUAUAGAGCUCGGUGCAGCCAACCACACGAAAGGUUGGAUGCUGUCCGGCAUGGCGUGUCGAAUGGCACAAGAUCUUGGGCUGCAUCAAGAUCCUAGGUUUCUUGCAGGCGAACGGGGAACCAUCAACUCAGAGAGUGAUUUCCUUCCACAGAGAAGAGUAUAUUGGGGCUGCUACGUUGCAGAUAAAAUCAUUAGUCUGUUUUUCGGUCGUCCGAUUAUGCUACAUGAUACCGACACGGCUGUCGACCCACCAAAUUUUAAAAGGACUACCACUCCAACGGAAGAACUGAGAGAUUUGAGGACGCCAGAUUCUAUCCCGUCGUCCAUCGAAUAUGAAAUAAACAAUCCAUCUGCUUUCGUGCAGCUCGUCGAGCUAGCUAGGAUUAUUGAGUCGGUCAUCACUUUGGUGUUUUCCCCAAAGAUGAUCAAGAGUCCACGCAAAAAGCUUGUCACUAGUCGAAUCGCAAGUGUUGAAGCUUUGAACUUGCAAUUAUUUCGCUGGCACUCAAGCAUCCCUGAGGACCUGACCUGGAAUCGAUGGACACCCAACGCGCAGAAGAUGUCGCCACAGAUAGCCACCAUGCAUGCCCUAUAUCACAGUACACUGAUAUCAUUAAAUCGACACUUUAUCCGUCCUACGCCCGGCUUCGCUCGUCGCAGCCAGUCUCGAGAAAUCUGCAUUGCCUCGGCUGAAAGCAUCUUGGCAAUAAUCCGGCAAUACAAAACGAAUCACUCGUUAGAAAAUGCGCCUCUAACCCUUGUAUACAGUACAGUGAUGGCUGCAACUGCCGUCUCAUUUGCCCUGGAUGGUACUACCCACAAUCAAAAUCAGAUGCCACCGGAGAGAGAAACAUAUAUCAAAUCACUGCGGAAGGCCCUUACAGAUUUCUCAGCCGUUUAUAGAGUUGCUGCCGAUGCCAGUGCGAGAUUGGAAGAGAAGCUGGAGGCUGGUUGUCAGGGAAAGCCGGCAGUUGCCGCCGAGGGCGCCACGCAAGUACAAGAAAAAGGAGAAGAUAUUGAAGCGGGGUCUUUGUUUGAAUUUUUGAGCUGGGAAGAACCGACGAUCCUAGGGAACAAUUUUGACGAAUCGUCAGAUUUUGGGAUGCCUGGAUUUUCAGAUUUGGCGACCGAAUGUCCCUCUGACGCUGAUCAUCGAGCUUUGCUAGCGUUAUGCGAUAACGAUCCUGCCUUCUAUAGUUUUGGGAGGAAUGAAGGCACAUGA